GAGCUCGCCGGUGUGCGGGAAUCCCCGGUGUGCGAGAAUUCCCGGUGUGCGGGAAUUCCCGCUCCUGGCUCUUAUCUCUGCCUGGGCCAUCAAUGAUUAAUCCCGAGGAGCAAAGUCCCUCUUCCCUCUGUCCCCUUUUCCUGCAGCUCCUUCUCCAGCUCUUCUCCCAUUUCAUCCCAGGAAUGGUUUUGGAAUGGAGUUGGCUCAGCCUGAGGUGCCGCAGCAAUUCCCAGUCCCAGCUGCUCCCGGCGCCGCUCGCAGCCCGGCGGGGAGUGGGAGGAAGGGGAUGCUCGGAGGAUUUGGGAAAAUCCGGAGCAUUUCCAGCCAUGCUCCACCUGGUGCGGCGGCUCGGGAGCUGCUCUGUCUCUGCGUGAGCUGCUGAGGCGGCUCUGGAGCCGCAGGAUUGAUGGAGAGGCGCUGAAAGGUGGCGGUGCUGCUCGGGGGUGGGGGUGGCACAGGGGACAGCAUAAACCCCUUCCCGGCGGCCACCAUGGAGCUGCCCAGCACCAAGGACUUCCAGUGGAAGUCGCUGGCGCCGCUGCCCAGCCGCAGGGUUUACUCCACGCUGGUGGAGGCGGGCGGGCAAGUCUUCGCCGUGGGCGGCUGCGACGACAACGGCGUCCCCGUGGACUCCUUCGAGGUCUACUCGCCCGAGGCCGACCAGUGGGCGUCGCUGCCCGCCAUGCCCACGGCCAGGGCCGGCGUGGCCGUGACCGUGCUGGGCAAGAGGAUCAUGGUGAUCGGCGGCGUGGGCGCCAACCAGCUGCCGCUGAAGGUGGUGGAGAUGUACAACACGGACGAGGGACGCUGGAGGAAGCGCAGCUCGCUCCGGGAGGCGGCCAUGGGCAUCUCGGUGACGGCCAAAGAUUACAGGGUGUACGCAGCGGGCGGGAUGGGCUCGGACCUGCGGCCCCACAACUUCCUGCAGCACUAUGACGUGCUCAAGGACAUCUGGGUGUCCCUGGCUGCCAUGCCCACCCCCCGCUACGCGGCCACGUCCAUCCUGAGGGGCACCAAGAUCUACGUGCUGGGGGGAAGGCAAUCCAAGUACGCCGUCAACGCCUUCGAGGUCUUCGACACGGACACGCGCUCGUGGACCAAGUUCCCCAACAUUCCCAACAAAAGAGCUUUCUCCAGCUUCGUGCCCACCGAGGAGAAGCUCUUCAGCCUCGGGGGGCUGCGCCAGGGCCGGCUCUACCGGCAGCCCAAGUUCAUGAGGACCGUGGACGUGUUCGACCUGGAGCAAGGUGGGUGGAUGAAGAUGGAGCGCUCCUGCUACCUGAAGAAAAGGCGAGCAGACUUCGUGGCCGGCUACCUGCGAGGCAGAGUUGUCGUGGCUGGGGGCCUGGGGAAUCAGCCGACUGUGCUGGAGUCGGCAGAGGCUUUCCACCCCGAGAAGAACAAGUGGGAGAGCCUCCCCCCCAUGCCCACCCCGCGCUGCGCCUGCUCCAGCAUCGCGCUGCGGGACUGCCUGCUGGCCGUGGGGGGCGUCAGCCAGGGGCUCAGCACGGCCGUGGAGGCGCUGUGCCUCUCUGAUUCCUGAUCUAAUCCCACCUGGAACAGGGCCCUGUGCCUCUCUGAUUCCUGAUCUAAUCCCACCUGGAACAGGGCCCUGUGCCUCUCUGAUUCCUGAUCUAAUCCCACCUGGAACAGGGCCCUGUGCCUCUCUGAUUCCUGAUCCGAGCCCCCCUGGAGGAGGAUCCCACGUGGAACAGGGCCCUGUGCCUCUCUGAUUCCUGAUCCGAGCCCCCCUGGAGGAGAAUCCCACCUGGAACAGGGCCCUGUGCCUCUCUGAUUCCUGAUCCGAGCCCCCCUGGAGGAGGAUCCCUCCUGGAGCAGGUCCCUGCCCCUGGCUGUCCCCAGUGGUGGCGUUGGGGACAGUGCUGGCAGCUCCCGGGACUGGGGCAGCACCAUCCAACUGCUCUAGGGGCCUGGCAGCUCCUCCAGAACCACAUCCAGGGAUUCUGGUGCCUCCCUUCCAGGCACUGCUGUCCAUGAGGAGCCCCCACACUGGCCAGGGGUCCCCCCACGUCGCUGUCACAGCUCCAUGAGGACACCCAGCUCAAGGAACUUGUCCCCACAGCUCCAUGGGGACACCCAGCCAGAGGAACUGCUCCCCACAGCUCCUGCCUGUGGGAAGGACUCCGAAGAUCCCUGUGUGGGAAUUGUGUCCCUGCAGCCAUCCUGGCCACAGGUGACAGCUUGGGAGGCGUUGGGACUCUCCAGAGGUGGCUCAGGGGGGACAGUGGUGGUGUCCUCCUCAAUCCUGAGGUCUGCGAGUGCCUCCCUACAGAUUUUCUCCCAGAGGAAACUCCAAAGCUGCAAUGGGAUCGAGGGAUUUGGGUUCCGGCAGGAGCUGGGGCCAGGGGCUGCUCCCCGAGGAUGAAUUCUGCUCUGGCUCCUCACCGGUGGCACAGGACUGGCACAGCCGCUGCCUUUGCUGGGUGGCAGGUGGAGGUGGCCUCAUCCUGCAGUUUUCCAACGUUUUUUAGCUGCUUUGGUGAUUUGGGAUCUUCGCUGGGCGAAAGGAGCAAUCCAGGGCUGUGCCUGGUUCGUCACCCCAGGGACGGGUGGUGGCUUCGGUGAUGCAAAAGUGACCCCGGUUCCGUUGGCCUCAGGCAAUUUUUGGGAGGGCUGUCCCAACUGUCGGGAUGCAAUUCCAGCUGGGAGCAGUUGUCCCAUUAAAGCCGUCCUUGGGAAAGCC